AUGUCUGGAGUUCUCGUCGGAGAUCAGCUCAUUCUUGAGGAGGAAUAUGAUGAUGAUUACGUACCAUCUGAACAGGAGGUUCGAGAAUAUGCCAAAGAAAUUGGUAUUGACCCAGAAACUGAGUCUGAGCUGAUGUGGUUGGCCCGAGAGGGAGUCAUCGCCCCUCUGCCUAGCGUCUGGAAACCAUGCCAAGAUGUAACUGGGGAAAUUUAUUAUUUCAACUUCUCAACGGGACAAUCGUCAUGGGAACAUCCAGGCGACGAACACUACCGCAGUCUAGUGACCCAAGAACGAGAGAACUUUAAACAGGCGGCCAGUUCUGGAGGAGCCAAAAAGGAAAAGAAGAAGAAGAAGGACAAAGUGAAGGAAAAAAAGAAGAAAAAGGAGAGCAUGUUGGGUUCUGGACUGAGACCCAUCCCGUCUCCACUGGGGGGAGUGGGAGGACUGGCUCCUCUCAGAGGCCUGGACACUCCGGGACUGUCUCCACUGGGAUCUGUUCCACCGCUGAAACGGACCCUGGGGAGCACAGCGGGACUAGAGCCACUCAAGCCGCCUCUUGGGAGUUCUCGAAGCAGCGGUGCAUCGAGUGUUAUAGGCCUGAGACAAGAUGAGAGAGUGUCCUUAAAUCUGCACGACUUUGAAGAUGAAGAGGACAAUGAUGAAGGCCGAAUAUCAGAAAAUAGGAGUGGAAAUGAUUCAGGCGGACUACCGAAAAACCUCCAUUUGACCCUCGAUGAUCUUGGAAGUGGCAUACAAUAUGAGGAUAGUGAAGGUAGCGCAGAAGCCCCAGAGCCAGAGUUACAAAAUCUUGCACUUUCAAGAGAGCUCAGUCCAGAGCCACCUUCACAGCAGGGCCGCGAGUCUCCAGCAGCGCUCUGCCAAGAUGAAGUCAGGGAAGAAGAUCAGGCUGGUCCUUCUAAACCAAAGCAAACUCCGGACCAUUCAGAGCAAGACAUUGAAGAGGAAAUAGAAAAUAUAGAGGAAGAAGAUUUCGGGGAAAGAGGGGCAGAAGAAGAGAUGAUAGAAGAGAAAUCUGAUUUAGAGAAUCAAAGUCAAAGAGGACAACAGAUUGAGGAGGAAGUUUUUGAAGACAAAAUUGAAGCAGAGAAAAGCCAGAAAACCACAAACCCAGAGCAGGAUGCAGACGAGGGUGAAGUGAAGAAUGUGCCCGAUGCUGCAGAGGAUGAUAGUAUAAACAGUGAUGCUUCCUCCUUCACUCAUAACAAGUUGAAAAAUGUGGGGGAUGUGGAGGAUCUCUCUGCUGCCACUAGUCCAGCAUUGGGCAAGAAGUUUGCUGACAACAGGCCAAAGCUGAAGGAGGCACAGUCAAUUCCAAGAGUGGAUCGUCUCACGCUGCAUCAGUCCACACUUUCAGACUCUUCCCAUUCAGAUCCAAAAGAUGACGUUGUUCCAGACAAAACCAACCUGGGAGCUUCCUCUGAGCACAAGAGGCCUGAGACUUCGAGAGGACGGCCUGGACGCGGUCUGGACACAGGGCUGUCCGUCCACAGCAGAGAGGGGAAAGAUGAGGCCAGUGAGAAGUAUAAGAACAUGUCAGAAUGUGAGGUGGAAGAGGAGAAGGAGAGACUGAUGAAAUUGAAACAAAAGAGGAUUCAAGAACUAGAGGAUGAACUGAAGAGACAAGAGGAAGAGGAGGAGAAGAGGAUGAAGGCUGAGAGCGAGGAGAGACUGAGGGCUCUUCGUCAAACACUGAUGAAAAAAAGAAAAGAGGAAGAAGCCAAACUUCAGGAGUCUGAAAGGGUUCUGGAGGAGCUCAAAGCAUCAGUACGAGCAGACCGCGAGGAGCAGGAACAAAAGAUCAGACGGGAGAGAAAAGCAAUCUUAACAGACCUACAGAUGGAGCUGGAAGAAGAACAAGAUGCUGAAAGAAAUAAACUUUACACACAAAAAAAGCAGGACCUGGAGCGGCUCAAGGCUGAGAUAGAAGAAGAGUUUGAGAAGGAGAGAGCGAGACUUCAGAUGGACAAAGAGGAAAGGCUCAGCGCUCUUAGACACGAGGCCAAAAGCACUGGAGGAAGGAGAGAUCUGAUUAGUCCCAAACCUGAACAACAACUAUCCGAGUACAGACGGGAGCUGUCAGAUGUGCUCCAGGAAGUGAGAGAAGAAGAGGAGCGACAGCACCGGAGGAAGAUGGAGCAGCUGGAGGAGGUGCAUCGGAGAGAGAUUGAUGACAUCAGGGAGAAAUACAGGGACAAGGAGAGCAUUGAGAGAGAGCGUAUGAUAAUCCGACUGAAAGAGGAAUUGCAGCAGCUCGAGGCGUCUCACGCACUUCAGCUGGAGAAAAUCAAAAUACAACACAACUUUCAGGUUGAAAAACUACGGUUGGAAAACAUACGCAAGGAAAAAGAACUUAGAGAUUUGUCGAAUGAGAUGGAGCUACGCUCGAGCCGACUCCAGAGUCAGGAGGCUGCGCUGCAGUCACAGGAAGAAGAUUUGAACAGAAAGAGGAAAAGUUUAGAGGCAGAAGGACAGGAAGUGGACAAAUGUAUAGAGUCUCUGCCUCGUCUGGUCCAUGAGCGCGACGUCCUGAAGCAGGAGCUGCAGCUGGAGCGCGAGGAGAAGCGUGAGGCGCAGGAGCUGAUGAGAGUCGCACGAGACGCAGAGGCCAGAGUCCGAGCGGAGCAGAGGAGGAGCCACGAGGAGCAGCAGCGGCUGGAGUCCAAGGUCCAGCUGCUUCAGGAGAGGUGUGAGCGCCUCAGCCUCCGGGGCAGCCGUGAUUUUGGAGCUGCAGAGGCAAGUGCUCCCAACCUGGACCCCAAAGCAGACUCAAAGGCCUCAGAUGCUGCUGAUUCUGUGGAAGAGCCCCCUCUACUGGUGGAAGAGCUCGACCCUCCACUGUCUCCUGCAGCUGACAGCCACAGCCGCCUCUACGAAGCAAAGACGCACAUCCCUUCACACAGCAGCUCCAUUCAUAAAACCAAGGCCUUUCUGGAGAGAGAGAGCAGGAAGCUGGUAGAGCGAGAGGCGGCUCUGACAGAGGACCUCCGGCAAACUCUCCAGCAGAUGCCAGAGAGAACGGUGACUUUUGAUCUGAGUGAUUCAGAUGGGAGCAGCACCGUGGACCCACCUUUCAGCAGAGAUCAGCCCUCAGUUCCACACAGAGUUCAAGAGCUUGUGGAGAGUCUGCAGCAGGUCUCUGGACAGCUCAACUCUGUACUAGGCUCUUUAGCACAAAGACCAAACCCGUCCAGCUUCACUCUACCUCAGCCCGGAUUGGACUUCAGCCAUGCCUCGCGUUCUCAGACGUCCAGAAACUGGGCACCGCCGCCACCAAUGUUCAGCUCCACUCUCAACACUGGACUAAAGCCCUCAGAUGACCUCAUCAACAGUCGAUGGAGGCAGAUAUUCCCUGAAGCAGCAAUGGGGCAGACAGUCUCUCGACGCCCCUACUCCUCCCCUCUCAGUCAGAGCAGCUGGAGCUCGUCCCACAGACAGAGCGGCACAGAUGGACACAGAAUUCAGGACCUCAUCGACAGCAACAAGCGCUGGCUCGAAGUGCGACGCAAAGACACCAGCAUACCUUUGUUGACUCGAUAUCGACCUGCGACCAACGGCGGACUGAUUCAACUUGGUUUAGACGACAACAACGAGAUACGCGUUUUCCAUUAUUGA